AUCAGGCUGUACCCCCACUCAGGGAAGCAGCUUCCAAGACACUGUGUUUAUAAAGUCAUGCUUUUUUGCUAGUGUGGGGUCAGUCACUUGAGGCCGCUGUUGGCGACUGUCUGCAGAAGUUGGCUGAAACAUCAACACCAACACCAGGGCACAGGGUCAGCAGUUAAACGAGACAAUGACCGACCAGAAACAGCAGCCCUACUGGCAGGAGACGGGCCGAUGGACGAGUCACGAGGAGAGCUUCGACCCACAGGCUGGAGUGUGGGCAUCCUCCCACAUCUCCUACCUGACCUUCAAAAGUCUGAUUCAGCUCAGAUGUGCCAUGAACACAGGUGUGAUGAUUUUUGACUGUGAAGAGCAGAGCCUGGCGGCGGUCUCUGAGAAAAUGGUCAACGAGAUGGUUAAGAAGAAGGAGAUAAGGCCUGGAGACCAGGAAGGAGUGCUGAAAGCUCUGCUUCAUGACCACAGCCAAUCUCCUGACCUGGAGAGACAAGCUCUGACUGACACGGUGGACUUGCAGAGGUUUUCAGUUCAGGAACGUGUGAAGGACGCUUUUGACGCUGUUGAGGCCUCCACGGUGCUCGUAGGAGCCUUGAACUUUCUGGAAAAGCCUACGGUUGUUUUUGUGCGUCUGAAGGAAGCAGUGGCCCUAGACUCUGCUUUGGAGGCACCAAUGCCUGUGCGAUUUAUCUUUGUUCUGAUUGGCCCAGGAAAGAGUGACUUGGACUACCAUGAGACUGGUCGUGCUAUGGCAGCUCUUAUGGCUGAUAAAGUGUUCAAACAGGCAGCUAUUCAGGCAAAGAGCACCAAUGAGCUGAUUGAUGCUGUGACCAGCUUCAUGGACUGCAGCGUCGUCGUUCCGCCCACCGAGAUAAAAAAUGAAGCAAUGCUUGCUUCAUUAAUUGGCUUUCAGAAGAAAUUACUGCAGGAUAGGUUCAAGCCAUCAGAAGAAAAACUGUCCCUAGAAGACAAGCCUCGCAAGGUUUCCAUAUCUACCGGGCCUCUCCCUGAAGAUCCCUUAUCCCGUACGGGUCGACCAUUUGGUGGGAUGAUCCGAGACAUCAAGAGACGCUAUCAGUACUACAAAAGUGACAUCACAGAUGCUCUAAAUGCUCAAGUACUCGCUGCUGUCAUCUUCAUCUACUUUGCUGCCUUGUCUCCUGCUAUCACUUUUGGUGGACUACUGGCUGAUAAGGUAGACAACAUGAUAGGAGUUCCAGAGCUCCUGAUCUCCACCAGCAUCCAAGGGAUCAUCUUCUGCUUUUUUGCUGCUCAGCCUGUUCUGGUCAUUGGGUUUUCUGGACCUCUGUUAGUGUUUGAGGAGGCCUUCUAUGCUUUCUGCGACACCCAGGACAUUGAGUAUAUUGUCGGGAGAGUAUGGGUUGGCUUGUGGCUGGUGGUAAUUGUGGUGAUCAUUGUGGCCUUUGAGGGGAGCUUCCUUGUGCGCUUCAUCUCUCGCUUCACCCAAGAGAUCUUCUCCAUCCUCAUCUCCCUCAUCUUCAUCUAUGAAACCUUUGCCAAGCUAGCAAGAAUCUUCAAAGCCUAUCCUCUAAUUCUGAACUACCAUCAUCUGAACGAGUCUGUAGAAAAUCCCUGGCAUCCCAGAAUGGAAGAGACAAAUGCUACGGGGACCACAACCAUUGUCAAAACCACUCAACUUCUACCCAACACAGCCCUGCUGUCCAUGUGCCUCAUGUUUGGAUGUUUCUUUGUAGCCUUCUUCCUUCGUCAGUUCAAGAAUGGGACUUUUUUUCCUGGAAAGCUCAGACGUUUGAUUGGUGACUUUGGGGUACCUAUUGCCAUUUUCCUCAUGAUUGUCGUGGACUACAGCAUACAGGAUACCUACACUCAGAAACUUAUGGUUCCCAAAGGUCUAAUGGUGUCCAAUCCUGCCAAAAGAGGCUGGCUGAUCAAUCCCUUUGGAGAACACAAGUCUUUCCCUAUAUGGGUGAUGUUUGCGUCCUGUGUGCCGGCCUUGCUCGUCUUCAUUCUGAUCUUUCUGGAGUCUCAGAUCACAACUUUGAUUGUGAGUAAACCUGAGAGGAAGAUGGUGAAGGGUUCUGGGUUCCACUUUGACUUGCUCCUCUUAGUGGGCAUGGGCGGAAUCAGUGCUUUAUUUGGCAUGCCAUGGCUCAGUGCCACCACAGUUCGCACCAUCACCCAUGCCAACGCCCUUACCGUCAUGAGCAAAGGACCAAAACCCGUCAUCGAGAAGGUGAAUGAACAGAGGGUCAGUGGUAUUCUGGUGGCUUUAUUGGUUGGUCUGUCAAUUUUGUUUGAGCCCAUCCUAAAACUAAUUCCAAUGGCGGCCUUGUUUGGCAUCUUCCUCUACAUGGGAGUUACGUCACUGAGUGGCAUCCAGAUGUGGGACCGAAUGCUGCUCCUAUUCAUCCCAAAAAAAUACCACCCAAAUGAACCCUACGCCACCAGAGUAAGCACUGGCAGAAUACACUUGUUCACAGUCAUCCAGAUAACAUGCCUUGGGAUAAUGUGGGCUGUGAAAUCCAGUCCAGCAUCUCUUGCACUUCCCUUUGUAAUCAUCCUCACCAUCCCUCUACGUAUGUUUCUGACCGGCCGCCUCUUUACUGACCUGGAAAUGAAAUGUCUGGAUGCAGACGACGCUACAGUGACAUUCGAGGAGGAGCCAGGAGCGGAUGUAUACUUUGAAUCUCAGAUGCCAUUGUAGAUGACAGCUCCCAUCCACCUUUUGGAUAAUAAAAAAAAAGACAUUUAGUUAUAUAUAUAACUAGCUCAAAUGAAUGUUUAAUGUAUCUGUUCUUUGAGUGUUUUUUCCAUUUAUGCUGCAUGUUGUGUCUCAAUUAUGUUGUCAAUCCAGAUAAAAUCAUUGAAAAAAAUUAUCUUCAAAUAUUCAAGGGUUCUCCUAACAUUUUUACUCAUGACUUCUUUAUGCAGUUUGUCUCUGAUAGCUCGCAUUAUUAUUAGUAUUAUAAAGGCAACUCAAUCCCACAACUCAAGCAGUUGUGGGAUUGAACGUAGUAUUGCAGGACUUGCAACAAUGUCAAAGUUCAGUCUUAAAGCUGCAGUGUGUAGGAUUUAGGGGUGUUUAUUAGGAGAAAUUAAAUAUAGCAUUCAUAACCAUGUAUUCAUUAGUGUGUAAUUGCACUAAAAAAACUGAUGCAUUGGAUGAACUUAAUUA